UUUUAAAAAACAACCUCUACUUUAUUCUAAAUUACUAUUAUAACCGGACCGGGUCCAGACACAAUCAAACUCGAAGGAACAAAUAUCAUGACAUAGGGGGAGAGAAAAGAACGAACCCUAGAGACCGAGUGGAGUAGGAUAGAUAGAAGAGAGAAAACAAAGACACAGGGUUUUAAUGGAUUCCGGCAUUCAGUCUCCGCAGUUGGAGAAUACUGAAACGAAAGCAACAUUUCGUAAGCCUUCAAAUGAUAUGGCUAACAGGAAAUAUCGACGCCAUUCUCCUAUGAAUGGGUCAUCCUUGUCUGAUGGGAGUCCGAAGCGUGAUCAAAGCUCUAGUCCGGUAGUUCAGAGGGAUGAUCCUGCAAAAGCUUCUCAGAGAAGGAAGGGUGAAGAGAAAGAACUGGAUAGGGAUUCUGGGCGGAGUCGGUAUGAGAAGAAUGGAGAAUCGUAUAGACAUUCUGAUCGCUAUUCUUCCAGGAGCUCUCAUGGUUAUUCUAGGAAUGAUGACUAUAGUAGACAUGACAGGCGUGUAGAUGAUGGAGACAGGCAUCAUCAGGUGGUUUCUCAUUCUGGCCGGGAGUCAAAGGAUGGUGAGCGUGGUAGGUCAAGGGACUAUGCUAGAAAUUCGGAGAAAUAUUCUCGUGAUAGACAUGAUGGUUCAGGUCACAGAAACAUGGACAAAGAGAGGGAAUUAUCGGAGCAUCAGAAGUUGAAAGAUAAGGACUUUUCACCUGAUAGAGUUGGAUCUGGUAGGAAAUAUACUAGCAUAGUCUCUGAAGAGAAGGAUAGGGAUUGGCACAGGCGGGACAGAGAUGGUCGUGAUGAGAAAAGAGAUUAUCAUAGGAGUUCUGGAGAUCAUAAAAGUGAUCGAUCAUCCUAUUACGAGGACACCAGAGGAUAUCGAAAUGACUCUUCUGGAAGGGAUCGCCUUAGAGAGUCUUAUAAGAAUGACCCAAAGGAAUUGAAUGGCCUGAAGGAAAAGAAGAAACAUGAUAACUGGGAAACUAGCAGGGAUAAGGAUCGGUACAGUAAAGCACCAGGGGAGAAGAAUGAUGAUAAAUCUGCUUUUGGGAGUGAAAAACCAGAAUCUCCUGCCAAAAAGCCAAAAUUGUUUAGCUCUAGCAAGGACCCAGAUUACAGUGGAGAUGUUUCUACAACUGUAGUUAAUCAAAAGCAGUCUUCAAGUUCAAUGCUAGCCCAGGAGGUUGAUAAUAAGGUCAAUGUAGGACAAGCACAUGCCAAUACUUCAGAGGCAGCUAAUGAUUUAGAUGCUGCAAAGGUUGCUGCUAUGAAAGCUGCUGAGUUAGAGUGUAUACUUCAAGAGGGAUUUAGCUUGCAGUCUCAUGCUCUUUUAUGAAUCCGAGGGAAUGGAAACUUAUUUUGUACAAGAUCCAACUCAUGUUUGGGGCCUCGACACAUCUUUAUAGAAAUUGGUACAUGUUGGCUGGUAUUGAUUGGGUUGAUCCAUUACUCCUGUUGUUUUCAGAUAUGUUUUUGUAAAUGCAAAGUGAGCACAGGUUAGAAUCCAUUUAGGUAUAUUUUGGUGGUUGAAGGAGGAAUACAGCAACAUGAUUUCCGGUAUCAAGAGAUAAAGGCUUCUCUUGCCUCCUGUGGGAUAAUUGACUUGGCAUUUUGCGUUUCCAGCUCACGAGGAAGUUUUUUCAUAGAUGGGAAUGUUUUGGGUUAUGUUGAUUCUUUUUUUGUUUGUAGUUUUUUUAGUCACAUUAAAUGAGUGGCAUCUUAGUAGUGCCUUUUUGUAGAGUUAGUUUUACUUAUACUAAUUAUACCUCCUAGCACCCAUGCUGCUACUAUUGUUUUUUUUUGCACACUUUUUUUUUCCUUUUUAUCUUUCUCAGUGCCCUUCAUUUCCUCUUUUCUCGAGUUCACCAUUAUAUAUUCACCCUUCAUUUGCACCAUCUUCACUUAUGCCAAGCAGGCCAUUAUGAUAGAGCUGAAUGAAUGGAGUGUUUGGUGAGCUACAUCUAGCUUCAUGCAUCGUUAUAUUUGAGAGGAAUGUAUGUUUUAUUUCUGUGUGACACGAAUGGAUGGAUCUGUCUCCAUUGCUUGAUGCCCAUGGGUGCUAUAGAUGUUAUUCAAAUCAAAUGAUGCACUGACAGUCUUUUAUCUCCUUGAACUUGUUUCAAUUGAAAGUUUUUUUCAUGCAUGAUACAGUUAACAAGAACCUAGUUGGAGUGGGUUUUAUGUCUACUGAGCAAAAGAAGAA